GGCCCGGCCAUGGAGCUGAGCGCAACGGCCUCGUACCGGGCGGCGGUGCCUCCUCGGGCUGCGUGCGUGUACAGCAGCUGCUACUGCGAGGAGAACGUGUGGAAGCUCUGCGAGUACAUCAGGAGUCAGGAUCCACCUCUGGAGGAUUUCUAUGCUGUUUUCAUAUCCAACGACAGGAGGAUGAUUCCACUCUGGAAACAGAAAUCAGGGCAUGGAGACGAACCUGUUGUCUGGGACUACCAUGUUAUCCUACUUCAUGUUCCGGGUGGAGAGCAGAACUUCAUUUAUGACCUUGACACUACAUUGCCAUUUCCAUGUCCUUUUGAGACGUACUGCACGGAUGCCUUCAGGCUGGAUGACAGCCUUCAUCCACAAUUUCACAGGAAGAUCAGAAUGAUUCGAGCAGAUUUGUACCUGAAGACGUUUGCUUCAGACAGAUCUCACAUGAAGGAUGCCAAUGGGAAAUGGCAGAAACCUCCUCCUUCAUACCCUUGCAUUGAAACUGCAGAUUCCAAGAUGAACUUAGAUGAUUUCAUCAGUAUGAAUCCCAAGGUGGGAUGGGGCUCAGUGCUCCCCUUAGCGGACUUUGUGCACCGAUUUGGCAGACAGACUGACUACAGCCCUUCCUUGGAAGAACAGUGAAUGCCAUAAGGGCUGGCUGAAUGCAGAAGCUUACACUUUGUGUUGCCAGAUGUGUGCAGUGCAGCGGGAUGCUGAGCGAUGGGUUGCUGACAUGGGUUCCCUGGGAGCCAACACAGACUGAGCAGGAGUCCAGUUGUUGCAGCACUCGUCUGCAGAGUGGGAGAGCUUCCUCCAUGGCCUUUCAAGUCUGGUGGCACUCAGUAACAUCGGAGAGGGCGUGCUAUCAGAAAACCACAUUCAGGAGUACAGCAAGUGCUCAUUCAGGGUCCCAAACGUGAGGUGGAGCAGAGGAGUGUCUACUCCCUGCUUGCUAACAGUAAUUAGUGGAGGCAGCCCUUUAUUUCAGCACUGAUUAGUCCUGAUGGGCCCUCCAAGGGACCAAGUGAAUUUAUUCUGUGCUUGCUCCUUUCUCUCACCAGUUAACUCAUAUCCUGUUUGCUUUGGGGACCUUACCAUGUUUAAUCUUCAUGCUGACACUUGAGGCAGCCACAUCAGUGUUGACUCAUUGAGCUUCCAGCUGCGGACAGACAAGUUUGUUCAGAGCUGCUUUGUCAAGUGCCUGCAGAAGCAGAGGACAUGAGAGUGCAAGCAAAGAACUGCUGCUGCUGUUUGUGAAGCAAAGAAGGCAGUGUCACUGACAGACACCCUUGUGAUCACCAACGUAUUAAACACCUCAGAUUGGAAAGACUUUGCUGUGGGGGUGGAUAAAUGCAGUACACCGUACAACAAAGCAUGGCUUGGCAAGUAUGGCUCCACUUUGUCUGGUAUAGCCAUGCAGCCCAAAGACUGCAUGCACAGAACAGUUUGGCACGUCCUGCUGUGAAAUAAAAUGAAAAUAAAUGAAAUAAAAUGAAAGCUUUGCCGUCA